CGGAGAGGAGAUUGGAUUCGACCCCCUCAAAAUCAGCGACCCUCUUACCAUCGACUCUUUCAGGCAAAGCAACUUAGUUGGCCUCAUCUGCAUCGAUGCUCUGUCUGGUGAAGCCCAGAUUCUCUCGCAAGCUGCAAGGCAAAUCGAUGGCACCUCUGAUUCCGCUUCAGUCAUGGCUACAAUUCUGCGUCAUGACAACUGCUCCCUUCCGGCCGCACAGUCUCACGCUAUCGAAAGUGUCCCCAUCUCUGUGAAACGGUAAUUAUUCAUAUCCAAGAGAAAAGCCACCUUUUGUUCCUGAGACCUCCAAUCGAAAAGCUUUACUCCUGCCAAUCUCCAAGGGAGCAAGGGAGAAGCCUCUUGCGAUUUAUUCUGCUCCUCUUCAUCAUCUUGCAGAAGGUCCUUUGUUGAACUCUGAAAAUUCCCAAUGGCUUUGGCUCAGAAGUUAACAACCCCUCACUGCUCUGAAGCUGAAGCUGCUUCACUUAAAGCUCACUCCAAAGAGUAUCCUUGGGCAGCAAGGAUGAACCAAUCUCUGAGGAAUCUUCAUAGAGGAGAGUCAACGUACCUAUUCCACAUUCCACACGAGUCAACCCGUAAAUGGGUCCGUCGAGAGGUCACAAAGCUUCUCGCUGUCUCCUCUGAUGUCCGAAUAUCUCAGGCCAAGCAGGUAUUCACUCUACAACCCCUCUUCCUAAUACGACUACUUCAUUUAUCUGGUAGAGCGGCUCAUGCUGUUCCGAAGUCUCUGUCUACCUCAUCUUUGAAUAAGAAUAGGUUAAUUGUGAUCUUCUGCAUCAUCAACUUGUUAAACUACAUGGAUCGUGGUGCUAUAGCGAGUAAUGGUGUCAAUGACAAUAUCAGGACUUGUAAUGAUAAGGGCAAAUGCAACCCUGCAACUGGAAUUCAGCCUAAAGCUUUACUUAGACAUUUCAAUCGAAGUAAUUUCGAAGAUGGUGUGUUGUCAUCUUCAUUUAUGGUUGGACUUCUUAUUGCAUCACCAAUCUUUGCUUCAUUAGCAAAAAGGUUCGUUGGUGUAGGUGAAGCUUCUUUCAUCAGUCUUGCAGCUCCGUUUAUAGAUGAUAAUGCUCCUCACAAACAGAAAGCUGUGUGGCUUGGUGUGUUUUACAUGUGUAUACCAAGUGGUGUUGCUUUGGGCUAUGUCUAUGGCGGAUUCGUUGGAAAACAUUUUAGUUGGCGCUAUGCGUUUUGGGGAGAAGCUGUAUUAAUGGCUCCAUUUGCUGUUCUUGGUUUCUUGAUGAAACCUCUACAGUUAAAAGGGUUUCCUUCUACUGAUUCGAUAAAGAUGGCUUCAUCAGUCAAGUUACAAGAACGCAGUUUCGAAAUGGUUUACUCAGUUUGUAAAGAAAAAGUCUUUGUUGUUAUUGUCUUAGGUUAUGUAUCAUACAACUUUGUUAUUGUAGCAUACUCAUAUUGGGGACCAAAGGCUGGUUAUAACAUUUACAAAAUGAAAAACGCCGAUAUGAUCUUUGGGGCAGUAACUAUCAUUUGUGGGAUCAUUGGGACAUUAUCAGGAGGGUUUAUACUCGAUCGAGUCACUGCAACAAUUCCAAAUGCUUUUAAGCUUUUAACCGGAGCAACGUUUCUUGGAGCAAUCUUUUGCUUCACUGCAUUUACCUUAAAGAGUUUAUACGGUUUCAUCGCUCUCUUUGAGCUUCUUGUGUUUGCUACACAGGCUCCUGUGAAUUAUGUGUGUUUACAUUGUGUGAAACCAAGUCUAAGACCAUUAUCAAUGGCUAUGUCUACCGUUGCGAUUCACAUAUUUGGCGAUGUUCCUUCUUCUCCUCUUGUCGGUAUCGUUCAGGAUCAUAUAAACAGUUGGAGAAAAACAACAUUGAUUCUUACAUCGGUUCUGUUCUUAGCUGCUGCUAUAUGGUUUAUCGGGAUAUUUAUAAACAGUGUAGAUCGGUGCAAUGAAUAAGAAAGUGAAAGUGAGAAGCAGAGGAGGCAAGAACAAUCGAUUGUACCUCCAUAAAUGAAUAAAUACUAUAUAGCAAAAAUAGAGUUAGUUUCUCUGUAUGUUUAUGUUUACUAUGUUUGUUGCAUAUAAUGGUUAUAGUGAAUGGUGAUUGGAUGCUCAUAGAUGAUAUCAUAUAUGGUGGAUCAUCGUCAACAGAUUAGGAAAUUACUAAUAUUAAUUAUUUUGGUAGCAAAUAUAGAAUUAGUUUAACUGGAUAGGAAACCACACACACACAAAAG